AUGUACACCUACACUCCCACUCACCGUUUCCUCGUUCUCUCUGCUGUCUCAUCAGCUCCAUUCAACCCCGCAAACAAGUUCCUUGUCUUGUCACCCACCGAGUCUGGCCCGGACCCUCGUAUCUAUGAUGAGCAGGCCGUGGCUGAAUCUUCUUCCACCGGAGAAAUCAGCCCUAAGAUGGUCCCCAAGUCGCACCGCUCAGACAGUUCCUCGUCUGUCUCCUCCAUGGAGUCCCAGUCUGACAUCCUUCCAAGUGGAUUCCUUUACCUCGGUCACACUUCUCGACGCUACUCCACAAUCUCCCAGUGA